AGCUCUUGUUUUGGGGAAAUAUGGAGAUGUUUGCGUUUCACCCAUGAACUUAAUUACUGCAUCUCUUUUCGGGCAGAAUAUGGGACUUCUUUCGAACUUCAAGUUCGCCCUACUAGAACAUUACAGUACUAGAAUUAGAAUUGGUCGAUUACAUCUGCUUGCAUUACAGUACUAGAGAGGCUACCGAGUUUUGAUAAUUUCACUCUGAAGGGCACUGGUGUUUCUGUGGCACUUACCAAAUGGUCCUCUGCCACUCUGGCAAAAGCAAAACUACACUCCAUAUGGGUUAAGAUAACUGGGAUCCCAGAUGAGUCGAUGCAUUAUAAAGGCAUCUGUGAAGCUGGCUCAGCCGUUGGAGUGGUGCAGGAAGUUGACAUGUCCUCUCUGAUCAAGUUCUCUUUAGCUAGAGUGAAGGUGGGAGUUAGAGGUCCUCACUCUGUGCCUGACAGCACUGAAAUUACUACAGACCCUUUCAUCUAUGAUGCUUACUAUGAGGUUGAAUCUGUGGUGGAGGUGGGUGGACUUCUGGAUCAAGAUGGUAAUGUCAUUGGGCUGGCCAGGAAAGAGAGUGAUGGUUUAAGUGAUGAUAGAGAUCCCAAGAGGAACAGAUUGGAGAAUAUGCAGACUACAUCUGUGGAAAGUCCUGUGAUGGUGGAUGAUGCUGAAGGGGUGGGCUGUCUAGAUGGGAACAAGCUACCAAGUGAUGUGGAAAAAAUGAUCCAAGAGGAACUUGAUAGAAGAAUUGCAGCUCAGCUACACAAAAUUGAGGAGAGAGCCUUGGCUGCAGCCAUGGCCAAGAUACAAAAUAUGCAAAACAAAGAUACUUCUCUGUUGGCUGAUGGGGGUACUGAUCUGGAUGGAGCUAUAGAUGAUGAAGAGGACUUUGAGGAGGAGGAGAUGAACAAGAUGCAAGACAGUGAGGAGGUCGAUUAUGAGUCUUCCCAAGAUCUGCAGAACAGAGUUAAUAUGGCCCUCAAUGGUGAAGAUCCAAACCCCAAGAAACCAAAGCGCAAGACCAAGACUCCCAAUGAAGAUAUUCAUCUAAAACUGCGUCCACAAGGGGAUGGUACCAUUAUGGACAAGGCAAAAGAAAUGGCCAGCAAAAAAAAUCUGAAUCCCAAAGAAACCAAGGGUGCAACAGGCGCUUCAACAAGGAGCUGAGGCAAUGAGGCGAGUCGCUGGAGAAGUAUUUCAUCGAUCCAAAGGCUGGACGCCCCUGAGACGAAGAAUCACUGCCAGCUGACUUCCCUUCGUCGUUCGUCUGCUCCUACUGAAGAUUAUCCUGCCUGCUUCCUUCUCUGGUUUCCAGCGUGUCUAUUGGCUGCACCUGUGUUUCCGGCCUGCGGUGCCGGAAACAGACGUUUACACCUGUAGAGUGAAUCUGCUCAGGUGUUUGUGUUUACUCUUUACCUAGACCAUGUCGCCCCAGCUGCGUCUGGUUUCAUUUCCAGCUGUAAUUUUAGCAGCUGCCUGUUUUAUGAACCUGUAGAACAUUUGGGUUUCCUUAAUGAAACCGG